AUGGCCAGGCCGAGCUCCAGCCGGGGCAAGAGCCCCCAGCCUCCGCCGGCUCAAAAGCCCUCGCCGGCGACGUCGCCCGCGCCGCCAAAGAGCAAGGCCAAGGCCAAAAAGAACACCUCGUACAAGUCGGACGGCGUCGCCGACAAUGAUGUCUUCCUCCUGCCCGGCUCCGAUUACGUCGUCGCCCUAGGUGUCACCGUCCUCGCCGCCUUGGUUCGCAUCUUUCGCAUCUACCAGCCCUCCAGCGUCGUCUUCGACGAGGUCCACUUCGGUGGCUUUGCUUCCAAGUACAUCAAGGGCAAGUUCUUCAUGGACGUGCACCCGCCCCUCGCCAAGAUGCUCAUCGCUCUCACGGGCUGGUUGGCCGGCUUCGACGGCAACUUCGACUUCAAGGACAUUGGCAAGGACUAUCUUGAGCCUGGCGUACCCUACGUUGCCAUGCGCAUGUUCCCUGCUCUGUGCGGCAUUGCUCUGGCUCCCUUCAUGUUCCUGACCCUCAAGGCCGUCGGCUGUCGCACCAUGACGUCUGCCAUGGGCGCGGGCCUCAUUGUCUUUGAAAACGGAUUGCUCACGCAGGCUCGACUGAUUCUCCUCGACUCGCCCCUGGUGGCCGCAACCGCUUUCACCGCCCUCGCCUUCUCGUGCUUCACGAACCAGCACGAGCUCGGCCCUGCCAAGGCCUUCCAACCGGCCUGGUGGUUCUGGCUGGUCAUGACAGGUCUCGGCCUGGGUAUCACCGCCAGCAUCAAGUGGGUUGGCCUCUUUACCAUCGCCUGGGUCGGAGCCCUGACGCUGGUGCAACUUUGGGUCCUGCUGGGCGACAACAAGAACGUCACGCUACGCAUCUGGGCCAAGCACUUCAUGGCACGCGUCUUCUGCCUCAUCGUCAUUCCCAUCACCUUUUACAUGGCCAUGUUCGCCAUUCAUUUUGUCUGCCUGGUCAACCCGGGCGACGGCGAUGGCUUCAUGAGCUCCGAGUUCCAGGCUACGCUCAACAGCAAGGGCAUGAAGGACGUCGCCGCCGACGUUGUUCUCGGCAGCCGCGUCUCCAUUCGUCACGUCAACACCCAGGGCGGCUACCUGCAUUCGCACCCACUCAUGUAUCCGACCGGCAGCAAGCAGCAGCAAAUCACCCUGUAUCCUCACAAGGACGACAACAAUGUCUGGCUGCUUGAGAACCAGACCCAGCCUCUGGGCAUCGAUGGCCAGCCCAUCAAUGGCACCGACGCAUGGGACAAGCUUCCCGCGCCCGAGUACAUCAAGGAUGGCGCAGUCCUCAGGCUCUACCACCAGCCCACCCACCGACGCUUGCAUUCCCACGACGUCCGCCCUCCCAUCACGGAGGCUGACUGGCAAAACGAGGUCUCGGCGUAUGGCUUCGAGGGCUUCGAGGGCGAUGCCAAUGACUAUUUCCGCGUCGAGAUUGUCAAGAAGAAGUCGGACGGGGCCAUCGCCAAGGAGCGUCUCCGCACCAUCGAGACCAAGUUCCGGCUCGUGCACGUCAUGACUGGCUGUGUGCUCUUUUCUCACAAGGUCAAGCUGCCCGACUGGGCGUCGGAGCAGCAGGAGGUGACGUGCGCCCGCGGCGGCAGCAUGCCCAACAGCCUCUGGUACAUUGAGUACAACGAGCACCCGCUGCUGGGAGAGGACACGGAAAAGGUCAACUACCGCAACCCGGGCUUCUUUGGCAAGUUCUGGGAGCUCCAGCAGGUCAUGUGGCGCACCAACGCCGGCCUCACCGAGUCGCACGCGUGGGAUUCGCGUCCCGAGUCGUGGCCCAUUCUGCGCCGCGGCAUCAACUUCUGGGGCAAGCACAACACGCAAAUCUACCUCAUUGGCAACCCCAUCAUCUGGUGGGCGACGUCGCUCACCAUUGUCGUCUGGGUCCUCUUCAAGGGCAUCGCCGUCCUUCGUUGGCAGCGCAGCUGCAACGACUAUUCGAGCACCACGUUUAAGCGCUUCGACUACGAGAUCGGAACCUACGUGCUCGGCUGGGCGCUGCACUACUUUCCCUUUUACCUCAUGCAGCGCCAGCUCUUCCUGCAUCACUACUUUCCCGCGCUCUACUUUGCCGUCAUCGCCCUGUGCCAGAUGUUCGACUACCUGACGGCCCGCAUCCCCGGCGUUGGCUCGCGCGACAGCGCCGUCGUCAACAAGAUCGCUGCCGUCAGCUUCCUGGCCGUGUCCAUCGCCGCCUUUACGCUAUACGCGCCGCUCGCCUACGGCAACCACUGGACCAAGGGCGAGUGCAGCCGUGUCAAGCUCUUCAACACCUGGGACUGGGAUUGCAAUAACUUCCUUGACACCUAUGAGGCGUACUCGUCGCAACACGUUGUCGAUGUCAGCAGCUCCGUGACGGGCGCCGUACCGACGGCCGACGUGUCGGGCAACGUGGGCGAGCUCGACAAGGACGCCGCGCAGGACAAGGCCAACGAAGAGGCGAAGCCGUCGUCCCCCCCUCCGGAGCCCAAGGUCGUGUCCAAGGAGGAGCGAAUCGAGUACCGGGAUCAGGACGGCAACAUUCUCAACGAAGAGCAGGUCAAGGAGCUCGAGGGCAAGGUAGAGUUCAAGACCAAGUACGAGACGCGCACGCGCGUCGUAGACGACAUGGGUAAGGAGAUCCCCAUGCCCGAGGGUGGGUGGCCCGCCGACAUUGCCGGUGCCGGGGUCGCGCCGCCGCACCCGGACGUUGAGGGCGUCGACAAGGAGACAGUCAAGGCUGGCGGCGACGCCGCCAAGCCACCCCAGGAUGCGGCCGCGAGCCGCGACGGCGAGAAGGAGUCGGAGUGGUCCAAGGCGAAGCCCGCCAGCGAAGGCCAGGAGGCCACCGGCCGCGACGAGCUGUAA